CUCUCACAGUUGACCGAAACUGCGUGCUCUCGUCGGUUAUCCGCGAUCGGCCGAUCGACCGACUGUCCAACCAACGAACGAACCAAUCGACGUGCUAUGCCAUAGCGUGUUUCGCCUGUUUCGUGAGAUAUACCUAUAUUCGUGCUCCGACAUAGCGGAUUUAUUGCGUCCAUAAUAGUCGUCUAUCUUCGAAGGAUUCAAUCAGCAAGAUAAGAAAAAGGAUAUAAUAACGACAAAUUCGUAAGAAGAAAAAAAAAAUCGAAAAAAAAUAAAUGAAAAGAGAACAGAAAACAGCGAGUGCGCGAUAGAUAUUUGAACUUCAUGUGGAUAAUCGAUCAGUGCUUCAAACAAAUAGUGAGAAAAAUUAGUAUCCCGAGCGUACAGUUUUUGACGAAGUAAAGAACAAUUGAAGAGAAACGCUUUUCUUCAAAUGACAUAAUUUAACAGAUAAUCAUUCCCUCGAUUGCACUCUACUUCAGAAAACAAAAAGAAAAUAAAACAAAGAAAAGAAAGGAAGAGAAUGUGAAAGAGCACAUAUCAGCAUUGAUAUCAUCUUUCGCUCGAAAAUCUUGUGAUUAUCGAUUCCAAAAAGUGUGAUUGUGUGGAUAGGAAACUAUACAUUGACAUAACACAAUUUAUCUAUUCUUAUAUUAUUUUCAAGUUGCGGAGAUUGUCCUAGCUUAUGUGGCAUUGACAAUGUGUUAACAUGUUCUCACGUUCCUUCAGUGUAUAUAAGUUGCUUACGUCCGACUUGUGAAAAACUUCAGACGCGUGCAAAUAAAAUUUAUAAUAUAAGCGAGUUUAAAUCGCUAUUUUAUUUAACGCGUCGGCAAUAUUAUAUGAAAAAUCGAAGUGUAUUUACGACAGAAGUGAAUAAGUGAGUGUACAGAUGAUAAGCUAAAUGUAUAUACACGAAUGCAACAAAGAUAGACAAAAAGCAAAAGAAGAAAGUAGAGAGUGUAUCUGAAAUAUUUAUUUUUGCGAUAGAUUCGUUUAAUUACGAUUCGAUAUUAUCCACAUAAAUUACAGUAUUCAUGUAAUUAUGCACCGUUCACGUCGUCGAAUAUAGUCGAUCGACGUUGUUUUCAUUGAAUCCGAUCAGUUGACAGAACAUUUUGCAAUUAUGAGACAAACGGUGCUUAUUAUCAUGUGUUCUUUGGGCUUUGUCUUAGCGGGAAGUCCAAGAUUACCACGAACAUCCGCUGAUCAGCGUGGUACACGUGGCGCGAGCCAAAAUAAUACUAGCACUACAUUAUCAUCUUCUCGCAAUUCACAACGGAACAGAGAACAAUACCUGUUCAAUGUCUUCGAAGUAAUAGUAUCAACUUUAGAAUCAAAGUUACAACGGAUUGAGAAUUUAGACAAAGCAGUGGAACAUUUGAUGAGAAGAGUGGAAGCUCUAGAUUCGCGUGUAAAUGAUAAUAUCGACAAGACGGAUGCGGUUAUUACGAAACUGAGAACAUUAGAUCUGAAACUCUUCAAUGCAUACCCGAUUAUGUCAUCGGAAGCCAUUCAUACGGCAAGGGUUACUGAAAAUAAGAGCAGAAGUUAUACUGAAAGUACUCCGACGAUACGCGUGAUGCAUCAUGAUCGCAACGAACGUGCUCCGGAAACGCUAGGUGAGAAAUUAGUAUCUUUGGAUCAGAAGGUUUCCGAUAUCGAUCAUAAGUUAGUUAAUCUUAAGAAUCAGCUUGACAAUAAUUUCUUACAAAAUGAUGAUAUAAAUGCCGAGGCAAGCGAGAAAAAGCCUGUUAGUAUGAGUGUAAUUGAGAUUACUAAAGCUAUGAGUAACGAAGUAAUGAAUCAUAUGACGAUCGAAAUCGAGAAUCUCAGACAGGCGACAGGUAGUAUGGAUCGGAAACUUCAAUUCCACAUGAAUUUGGUGUCCGAUAAUCUCGGAGCAGUGUAUAACAUGCUUUCUGACGUACACGAGGCUAUCGUUGAUAAAAAUUCCGGAAAUGACCGACAAAUUCUUAACUUAACGACGACUGAAGCUCCAAUAAAACAGAGUAAAAUUGAUCGCCUCGUCGAACAAAUGUAUCCGAUGCUUACAGUUUCUGAAAAAAUGGAUGAAGUUUGGAAUGUAGUAAUGGGCACUAAAAAUUCGGUGGACGACCUAUUGCCAAAGUCCGACGAAUUGCUUACUCAAACACAGAGACAAGAAAGAGCGAUUAGCGAGAUUCAUGCAGAUUUAAGAUCAAAAACAAAUAAAAUCAUCGAAAAUUUGGAGGGUGUCGAAAGCCGUUUGAAGAAACAAGAAGAUGAUGUGGCUACUCUCUCGCAACGUCCAAUACCAGCGGAAUUAUUACUAGAUCCAACGAUCGAUCGACUCGUCGAGUACGAUCCAAGCAGAUACAUCAGUGUAACCGAAGAUUUUUCAACGGAGAUACCUACAACGUCUAUAUUGCCUACUGUUGCACCGUCUUUAUCAACAACAACAUCGAUAUCGUCAGUCGCUUCGCCUUCGAACAAUCCUGCGGUCUCCACAACUCCCAUGACAGCAACAUCAUCGAGUACACCCAGAUCAACCAGUAGAAAUCGUGGAGUCAUCUUCCCAAGCGUGAAAAACAAACCGAGUCUAGCGAACUCCAGUUUUACUAGUGAUAUAUUGAUUAAUUAUAAGGAUGUUAAGGGUUAUUCUUGCGUAGAUUUAUUAAACGCAGGAAUGAGAGACAAUGGAGUCUACUAUCUUCAAAUACGCGGCACGACAUAUUGGUUUCUGAAAGUCUAUUGCGAACAGGAAAUCGCCGAUGGUGGUUGGACGGUUAUCCAAAGAAGAGAUGAUUUUGGAGAACCAAAAGAGAAUUUUAAUAGAGAUUGGGCAGAUUAUAAAAAUGGAUUCGGAGAUCCUGCUAAAGAGUUUUGGCUAGGCAAUGAAAACAUAUAUAUGUUGACAAAUAACGAAGAUUACAUGCUUAGAGUUGAACUUGAAGACUUCGAAGGUAACAAAAGGUAUGCUCAAUAUUCACAUUUCAAGAUUUAUUCAGAAGGAGAGUAUUAUAAAUUGGAAAUAGAUGGUUACGAAGGAAAUGCUGGAGAUUCAUUAAACGAUCCUUGGUACGGGUCAAACAACAGUCCGUUCUCUACAUAUAAUAGAGAUAACGAUAGAUCAUCGUUGAACUGUGCUUCGAUGCUUAAGGGUGGCUGGUGGUGGAAGUCUUGCGGGCGUGGUUUAAACGGCCUUUAUCUGAACGAUCCACAAGAUCUUACCGCACGACAAGGUAUUGUAUGGUUCCGCUGGAGAGGCUGGGAUUAUACCCUAAAACGUGCAUUAAUGAUGAUUAAACCGAAAGGUCCAACUACAACAACAACAACGACAACAGUGUAA